AGCAUGAAGAAUUUCUUUGACUCGCUAAUGUUGCUUCAAGCCAAAAGGUUAACCUUGACUAUGGAAGUCCUCAAGAAACGUCAGGAGCUGGAAGCUGCUCUUAGAAGACCUCCCCCUCCCAAGAUUGAGCAAGUGCACCCAAAUAGUUUCCAGAUCGGUAUUGAUCCAGUCGCCAUUGGGAAGCCUUCAGUCUCCAGGUACCAGGUGGAAUAUCGGAUUGCAGGGCAGAAUUGGAAGAGUCUCCAUACUGAAGGCCCUAAAGAUCAAUUCACUUUGCAAGAUGUGCACCUAAAUCUUCAGUACCAAUUCCGAUGUGCAGCUGUGAAUGAAUUUGGGCUCGGUCAAUGGAGCAAGGAGAUCACUUGCAUCUAUCCUAGGGAGAGGUCUGCAGAGAAAUCUCAGGUUAUGUGCUGUGCGGCUGGUCUGCAUAUGACUGUACACAUCCAAGGGUCUGAACAGAGGAUCGUCCUUGUGGGCAGAAGCGGAAAUGGGAGAAGUGCAACGGGAAACACAAUUCUGGGAAGCAACGUCUUUAAAAGUUACAUGUCACCUAGAUCAAUAACAAAAGCAUGUCAAAAGGAGGACACACAGCUAAACGGCAGGAAGGUUGUGGUUGUUGAUACGCCUGGCUUUUUCUAUAGCAGUUGUCCAGUCAACGACGUUGUUGCAGAAGUGAGGAAGUGCGUGAAGUUUUGCUCCCCGGGUCCCCACGUCAUUCUGCAUGUGAUACGUCCUAGUCGUUUCACUCAGGAGGAGGAGCAGGUGCCUCAGCUGAUCAAAGAGAUUUUUGGCCUUAAAGCCAAAAAUUACAUCAUCCUUUUGUUCACGCGCAAAGAGGAUCUGGAAGGUACAUCUAUCGAAAAUGUCAUAGCUGUAUAUGAUACAAAACUGCAGCAAUAUGCUGCUGAAUGUGGGAACCGGUUCCUGGCUUUCAACAACAAGGCCGAAGGGGCGGAACGAGAGGCUCAGGUGGCCGAACUGAUGAUCAUGAUUGAUCGUCUGGUAGAAACGAACAAAGAUGCUCCUUAUUACACGGAAGAGAUGAUGAGCUUCAACGAAAGACACAACUUUUUUUUUUUCCCCUUUCCAACAGAGGUCAGAAAGUCUCUUUAACUGAGCCUCAGCUCCCAAGGUGGCAACUCUGCCAAACGCAACAGCCCUUCUGUUCUGGGUUCUAAUCCAGCCCUUGCCAUGUGACCUCUGAAGAACCCAAGCCAGAGAUUCGUGGCUGAGUUCCACUCAACCGAUCCCUUCUCUUGAGAAUCCGCUUCCUCCCCCUUGGAUGACAGGACUUUCUUCAAGGGCACGGGAAGAUCCUGCCCACCCGUCCCAGGAUCAGUAGGUCCCACAGCCAAAUUCUCUCCCAUUCUGGACCCAUGUCCCUUAGGGAGGACCAGGUCUUUGGGGCUUCCCACCUGUCUGUCCUUCGAGGUAGACCAGGCCGGGAAGCCAACAACACAAGAAAUUUUAGAGCUCAACUUUACGGGGAGAGCAGGAGAAUCUGGAGAGCACUCCUUCUGGCACCAAAUAGCAUCAAGCCAGGGCAGCCUUGAGCUUCUUUCUCGCCCCUUCCUGUUUACCUGGAGUGGAUUCGUCUUUUCCUGACAGCUGCCACAUAUUUUCUGCAUGGCUGAGUCUGUACUCCUGUACAUCAGGGGUCCACAACCCGUGGGCUGUGGACUGAUACCGAUCUAUGGCCCACCAGGAACUGGGCUGCGCAAGUGGUCAAAGUCCCAUUCCUGCAUGGGUGGGAUCCACGCAGCAUGUAAAACCAGGGCCCCCUGCUCCAUGGAAAAACUGCCUUCCACGGAACUGGUCCCUGGUGCCCAAAAGGUUGGGGGGCGCUGCUCUACACCACCUUCCAGAGGCAACACCUGGACUCACUAGGACGGUCAUGACUGUUUCAAUCAGAGACCUUCUUGUUAAAUUCCUCUUUCCUUACAAAAAUGUCUUGUGUCUCUCUCCGUGUGUGUGUGAGUGUCAGCGGGACUAAUGAAGCUCAGCCUAACCAGCUCUGUCUGCAAUGUGAUCCAAAGGCAGAGGAGAACGGGGAUGUUGUCCAAUCGUCCUGGAGAGAGGGGGACAUGGAAUUCGUGUCAGAUUAUACUCGAGGGAUGGAGCAGAAUGCAGGGUAUCCCCCGUAGCUUUUCACACUGGCUCCAGGAAGGGGGUCUGAGGAAAUCAGGCUCCUGCUGGAUCCUUCCCAUCUCUUAGUGUCUGUCAGCUCCACUCCAGAUUCUUCUCUUCGCCGACUUGCUUCUGGUCUCCUGGUCAAGCAAGAGGAAGAAGGACAUAUGCCCAGCAGCCAAAUUUGCAGCAGGACGUUCGGAUUUGUCAACCUCUUCUCCAAAGCCCCUGAAGGACGGACAAGAAGCAACGGAUGGAAACUAACCAAAGAGAGAAGCAACCUGGAACUAAGGAGAAACUUCCUGACAGUGAGAACAAUUAA